CCUGAGGCUGUUAGGAAUGGUGGAAGUUGAAGUCCAAAACACCUGGAGGGCCCAAGCUGGCCCAUGCCUGGUGUAGACACACCCCUUACUGGUUUGCCACCCAGCUAUUAGUCCGGGCUGAACCCUACUAAACUUCCAAGAUCAGCCAGGAUCUGGUCUAGCUCUGCCUUACAGCACUGCUUCCGAAACCCUUUGAGCCUGUGAAAUUUUUACUUGACCCCGGGUAUAUAGGUACAUAACAUAGGUAUAACAACCAAAGAUUUCCUGAUAACAAAUGGGCAUUUUUCCAGGCUUGCUAAAUAGGCUGAUUUUUCAUUUUAUGGAAUACAGCUGAAGCAUCUUCUACAGAGUCUGCUAUAAAUGCAAGUGAGGUGUAUUUGAGAGGAAGAAACUGGCAAAUCCACCUCUUGCCUUUAAGAAAGCUCAUGGAAUCACCACGAGGCAGCAGGUGUUUGGAAAGCACAUGCAUAUGUAACAACAACAACUUAUGGGCUAUAAUGUCUGUACGGGGCAAGAAGCCUGCAAAGCCUGCUUUUACUCUGCACGAAAACAGGAGUGUCAAAGCUGGCCUGGUGUUCCCAGUGGGACGCAUCAGACGGUACUUGAAGGUGGGUCACUAUGCUCACCGAGUAAGCCCUGGAGCUGCAGUAUUUCUUGCAGGUGUGUUGCAAUAUCUGGCUUUAGAGAUGGUGGAACUGUCAGGCAUCACUGCUCAUGCAAACAAGAAGCAGCGGAUUUUGCCACAACACAUCCAACUGGCGGUGAAGAAUGACCCAGAACUAGACCAGUUAUUUAACGGUGUGACCAUUGCUGAAGGAGGAGUUCUGCCGCAUAUCCAUGCCCAGCUUCUCCCUAAGAAGACUAUGAGGAAGAAAGUGGUUGCCGAAGAUACUUGGUCUCAGGAAUUCUAAAGCCUGCUAAAAUCUUACUAUCUCACAGGCAUGAACUUGGAUAAUAUUUGUAAGCAUCAUAGCUUUGGGCUAUAUGCGCAGCAACAAUCUGUGUGCUUUCUAAUGUAAAAUAACACAAUACCUUUAUGUACUGUAAAAUAAUUUCCAUUAUUUUUACAUGUUAAAAUAAAAAGCAAAUUUUCUAGUGUA